UUGGAAUUAGCAUCCCAAUCCCACUCCCACUCCCACGGGUCCCUUCCUUUCUCCCAAUGCAAUUAUCAAUGUCAGAUUCCAAACCCGUAUGAAAAGUGACCAGGCAACAACCUCAACUCACAUGAAAUUAAGUAUUAAGUGCUUGGGAUUUGAUCUCAGAUCGAGACACGUAGGAGCCACUCUCCUCCAUUUUUAACUAAACUUUGCCUGUCAGGAACUCUGCACGCUAAUAUUCUUCUGCAAAUGAUGGGAAGAUUAAAAUGGUGGCUGCACGCUGUGCUACUUUCUGUACAGAGGCAGAGGCUUGCUGUGCUACUUUCUCUUCUUCUCAUCUUCUCUGUUUGUCCAUAUUCCGCAUCCUUCAAUUUGUCUGCAGAUGCGACAAGGGCGGGAUUAUCCCUCAAUUCCCAUUCUAUGAAUGAAAGUCCAGUGCAAAAUCUUACAAGAGCAAUUGGAGGCAAGUGCGAUUUAUUCAGUGGCAGUUGGGUUUAUGAUUCAUCUUAUCCACUUUAUAAUGGAGGGAACUGUCCAUACCUUGAUGGCGAAGUGACCUGCCAAAAGAAUGGUAGGCCUGAUUUGGACUAUCAGAAGUGGAGAUGGAAGCCCCGAGGCUGCAACCUUCCCAGAUUCAAUGCCCUGUACAUGCUUCGGAGAAUGAGGGGAAAGACGAUUAUGUUUGUUGGGGAUUCGUUGAACCGUGGGCAAUGGGAGUCCAUGAUGUGUCUAUUGCACUCUGUGUUGCCUCAGUCCAGGAUUUCAUUUUCCUCUGGAGACCCAAUUUCCACUUUCAAAGCCUUGGACUAUGGAGUGACUGUAUCCUUCUAUCGAGCUCCGUACCUGGUGGACAUGGUGACCGGAGUUGUACAAGGGCAGAAAAAAGUUGUCCUCCGCCUGGAUUCUGUGGCCAUUAAUGGCAGAGCGUGGAAGGGCGCAGAUGUUCUGGUCUUCAACUCCGGGCAUUGGUGGACCCACACAGGCAAUCUCCAAGGAUGGGAGUACAUGCAAGACGGCAACAGGUGGUACAAGGACAUGGACCGCACAGUUGCCUAUCAGAAAGGAAUGACUUCCUGGGCGAACUGGAUCGAUUCAAACAUAGACACCCGAAGAACCGCCGUCUUCUUCCGAAGCUAUUCUCCCUCUCAUACCAGCCCUAGGGAAUGGAACAAUAAUGCCAAGGGCAGCAACUGUUUCGGCGAGAGGGCCCCCAUAGCUGGGUAUUCAUACCCAGGUCCAUAUCCUCCCCUGUAUAAAACAGCAGAGGUCAUUGUGAGCAAUAUGAAAUCGCAGGUUCAUUUCCUGGACAUUACCACAUUAUCGCUGCUGCGCAAGGAUGGGCAUCCCUCAACUUACAGCUCUGAUUUUACGGCGGGGCAGCGUAAGAAUCCUGCUCGCUAUGCCGAUUGCUCGCACUGGUGCCUCCCUGGCGUUCCAGACACUUGGAAUCAACUGCUCUAUGCUACUCUUCUCUUCUGAUUUCUUACAUUCCCCUAUCUCUAAUGUGUCAAUGUGCUAUUGGCCUCUAUUGUAUUGUAACACUAAAAAUAAAUGGACUUCAAAAUUCUUCCCAAAUGCAAAUAAUCUCUCUUCAUCUCAUCUCCUGCCGACAAAUUAUUUUCUCUCUCAUCGUAAAUUUCGCUCACCACCACCAGAUUUACUGUAUCGGUCCACCUAAAAAUAUUGAAAUAUACGGAUAUAGUUUGGAAGCUUAA